ACUGUAUAAUUGAAGUUUCUUAAAAACGAAUCACUCUGAAAGAUUUCAAAGGGUGAAUUAAAAUUGGGUUGGUUUAUUACAUCGAUUGCAACGGUAGAAUGCUACUUAUGUGAACUAAAGGAAAUUGAACGCAACUAUGACAAAUGUUUAUUUAUAAAUCUAACCUAAAUAUAAUCAAAAGAAGUAAUUGUAUUAUGAAUUGUAAUUAUGUUUGUUUAUAAACAAAUCUUGAAGAUAUUCAAAAGGAUCACAAAAUUAUUAUCCUGUUAUUUUUAAAGACAAGUCUGAAGAGAUUGAAGUGUAAUACAAAUUUGAAGAAAUAUAACAAGGUGACCCACAUCCUUAAAUUAGGAAAUUAAAGAUGGAAUAAGUUUUAAAGAAGUUACUUAUCAAUUGGAAUGCAGUUUAUAAAUAAUAAUGUGGAAAUAACAUCCAAUUUGCAACGAAGGUGAAAUGAAUACAUAAUUUGCAAGCUACUUGUAAAGAGAGGUUGUGUAGGGAUUUAAGAAAACAUGUAAAGAAUUGUAGUUAAUUGUGAACAUUUUACUAUAAGAAGUAUCUGAAGAAACAUUUGUAUAUCCAUACAGACAAAAUAUAGAGCAGUAAAAGUUCAGACUCAUCACUGAGCAAUUGAAACGAAACAGUUUAAAAGCUUUUCUAUUUAAUAUCCAACCAGUUUUAAACAAAAACUUUAAAUGAAGAGUAACUUAUUCUUAAAGAUGUGAGAGAUUAAGAAAGUGUUGUGUUUGUGAUAAGUGAUAAUUUUUGUAUGUACAGUAGACACUUCUAAAGUAAAAAUUUGUACAGAUGUAAAAACUUUUUAGUGUUCUGUGUACUAGACAUAAAAUGUUUUCGGAUUAUGGUAUAGUUGCAAGAGUGUAAUAUGAGCACUCAUGUAGUCGAGAAACUCUUCAAAUGCAUAAAUGAAAACCACAGACGGGAAAAAACAUAAAUGUAUGUUUUGUGAUAAAGCUUUCUCACACAAACGCCACUUAGGUCCUCACUUAAAGAUACACACAGGGGAAAAACCGUUUAAAUGUAAUCUGUGUUUGAAAGCCUUUCCCUACCAAUAUCGUCUUCGAAUUCAUUCGAAGAUUCAUACUGGCGAAAAAGACUUAAAAUGCAAUAUUUGUGAAAAGCGGUUUUCCUUGGGAUCUGUUUUAAAAGCCCAUCUUAAAAUCCACACAUUGGAAAAACCGCACAAAUGCGCCAUUUGUAACAAAGUUUUUACACACAAGCACCAGUUGGGUGCUCAUUUAAAAAUACACACAGGGGAAAAACCUUUUAAGUGUGACGUGUGUUCGAAAGCUUUUCCUUACCAAUAUCGUCUUCAAAUUCAUUCCAGAAUUCAUACAGGGGAAAAGAGCUUAAAAUGCAACAUUUGUGAAAAGAGCUUUUCCUUUCGAGCGGGGCUAAGAAACCACAUUAUGUCCCAUGCGGGGGAAAACCCGCACAAAUGUACCUUUUGCGACAAAGAUUUCGCCCUCAAGAACCAGUUGGAUAUUCAUUUAAGAAUGCAUACGGGGGAAAAACCAUUCAAAUGCGACAUGUGUACGAAAGCUUUUCGAUACGAAGGUCGGCUUCGGUACCAUAUUAAAUUUCACACAGGUGAAAGGGACAUAAGAUGCAACAUAUGCGAAAAGCGCUUUUACGAUAAGACGGUGUUGAAGUCACAUCUUCAAACACAUACGGGGGAAAAACCACACAAAUGUACCUUUUGCGAUAAUGCCUACUCACACAAGUAUACAUUGGCUCGUCAUUUGAAGUUACACAUGGGGGAGGAAUUGUAUGAAUGUGAUGUGUGUGAGGAAAGUUUUUUUAAUCGUAAUCACUUCCGAAGCCAUUUACGAACUCAUAGAGGGGAGAUACAAUUUCAGUGUAACUUUUGUCUGAAAGCAUUUACGACUAAUUCGAAUUUAAAAAGGCACUUUAGAACGCACACCGGGGAAAACCCGUAUCGCUGUGCUAUUUGUGAAAAAUCUUUCGGUUCAUGGAACAUGCUUAACAUUCAUAUGCGAAUCCACACGCGCGAUAAGGUUUCCCCCGAAAAAAUCUUAAAAAGUAAUUUGAUGGAUGACGUUGCUACCCACUCAGCUAAUUCUGAUAAUGGAAUAAACAUAAAAAUUAAGUCUGAUGAAAACGAAUUUGAAACUCCAGUUUUUGAAAAUUCGACUACUACUGAAAAUCAAAAUUCUUUUGAAUGCUUAAACGGUAUAAAACAAGAAAUUCAGGCUCAUGAAGAAUUUUAUAAUUCUGACAAUGGAAUAAAGUUGGAAAUUAACUCAGACGAAAACGAAUUUAAAUCCAGAGAUUUUAAAGAUUCAACUAACAUUGCUAAAAAUGAAAAUUCAGUAGAAUGGUUAAAUUGUAUAAAACAAGAGGUCGAAGUUCCUGAAGUACUUCAUAAUCCUGAUGAAAUAACAUCGGAAAUCAAGUCUGAGAAAUUGCAUGUGGCAGUUUUUGAAGAUCAACUGUUACCAAAAUAAAAAUUCUUUGAAGUGGUUGAACAGUAUAAAUGACGAGUUUUCUUUGUUAUCAUAACCAUUCAAAUUUUGUCAGAA